AUGGUCGCUACGGGUCCCAUGCCGGCAGCGCCGGGGAUGGCGGCCAGGACCGCGGCGGCCCCUAUGGCAGCCGCCGAGAGCCUGGGAUUCGCCACAGGUGGUGCCCAGGACGUUGAGAACUUCAGGGAGAACGUCAAGCAGGGGUACCUCCCGCUGCCCACAGACGUCACCUUCGAGGGCAUCGCAAAGGACUACUACUUCGACACCCGCAGCUCCAACACCUCUGAGCCCUGCACCGACCUGUUCUGCCCCAUCUACUCCCUGGCAGCCGCCCCAGACCCGCUGCUGGGUGCUGGCGGGGACAACGCCACCCAGCUCUACAUGGCUGUCGGCCUCGACUCAGGCAAGGCCUCCGACUUCCGCCGCCCGCGCCUCAACCUGCUCGUGCUGCUGGAUGUGAGCGGGUCCAUGGGGGAGAGCUUCAGCAGCUACUACUACGAUCAACUCGGGCAGCAGGUGGCACAGCCCAGCGGGAGUGAGGAGCAGAGGAGCAAGAUGGAUGUGGCCAAGGAGGUUCUGGCGGGGGUGGUGGGCAAGCUGGGGCCCGACGACUCGUUUGGCGUGGUGCUGUUCAGGCAAAUGGGCAGAGACAUUGCCGACACCAGCGGCACCAACAUGCAGGCCGGCCUGGACGCAGCCACCGGUGAGAUGAGGGCGUGCCGCACCUGCAUGGAGGCAGACAGGGCUGCCACCGAGAACCGCAUCGUGCUCAUCACCGACGCCCAGCCCAACCAGGGCGACAUCAGCGACGAGGGCCUGCUGGCCCGCCUCAAGGCCAAUGCCGCAGACGGCAUCCACACGACCAUCAUCGGCGUGGGCCUGGACUUCAACACAGAGCUGGUGGAGGGCAUCAGCAAGGUGCGCGGAGCCAACUACUUCAGCGUGCAUUCGCCCGGCGAGUUCAGGCGCCGCCUCACCGACGAAUUCGACUACGCCGUCAGCCCGCUGGUCUUCGACCUGUCCCUGGCUGUGGACCCGGGCAGCCUGGGAGAGCAGGGGUGGAAGGUGCUGCACGUCUACGGCUCGCCCAACCCAAACGACACCGCCCUGAACGCCGCUGGCACCGUCACGCAGGUCAACACGCUGUUCCCCUCCCCCAAGACUGAGGAGGGCAUCAAGGGCGGCGUGGUGCUGCUGCGCAUGCGCCCACCGACCGCCGGCGACGCCCCCCUCAAGCUCACCGUCACCUACACCGACCGCUCGGGCCGCCAGUUCAGCUCCCAGCGCACCGUGGCAGUGCCGGAGCAGGCCCUCCCUGCUUCAGGCGCUGUCAGCAGCGAUGGCAGCAGCUUCUUCGGCUCCAGUGGUGUGCGCAAGGCGGUGCUGCUGGCUCGCUACACAGACAUCCUGCACGACUGGCUGCUGGAUCAGUGGGCAGCAGUGGAUACCAGCCGCCGCCCCAUCGCCAUCCCCGCCACCGACUGCGCCAGCCUGCCCGCUGACUACUGCCCCGUCCCUGUCGAGCUGUACGGCCAGCGCAGCAUCGCUGGUGGCUGCGCCCUCGAUCGCUGGCUGCUGCCGGAUGGCUGCCUGCUGCCGCCGCCCUACCCCGUGCUGCUGCCCCUGCUGGGGCGCUGGGAGCGGCAGAGCGAGGAGCUGGCGGUUGGGCCUGAGGCGCGCCGCGCUUUCCAGGAGUUUCUGCCUUACUUUGAGGGAGAGAUGGCGGCGGUUGGGGACCCCAGCCUGAGGCAGGAGGUGGAGUUGAUGAACAGGAUCCUGGCGGCAUGA